AUGCCUACUGUUCUCUUGGUCGAUUGCUCUUUGGGUAUGGCUGAACGAUUUUCGUUUGUUAUAAAACAAGGGGAUAAUAUGGCAACGACGAUGCAUAUUGAAAAACGCAGUUUAGUAGCAAAAAUAAUCGAGUCAUUAAUGACAAGUACCCACAGUCCUACUAAACUUGAAACAAUCGCACUUGUAUUCUUUGCAGGACGUGAUACAAUUAAAAUUGUGCAACAUUUUACACGGAAUACUGACGAUAUUAUUAAAUCUGCUCAGAAGUUACCAAUUUUUGGCGAUUUUUCUUUAAAAUCAGCUAUUGAAUUUGCCAAGAAAUAUUUAACAACAACAUUCGGUGCACAACGUUCACAGAAAAUUUUAGUUUUUACAGAUAGUUCUCAUCGUGAUGAUGAUCCGAUCAAAGAAAGUACUUAUAAUAAUAGUAAUCAAAUGGAUAUUGACUUACGUAAAGAGAUAACAAAUAAUGAACAAGAUAAAAUAACAUUGUCUAAUUCGCCUACGGAUAUUUCAUUUGUAUGUAUUCGAAAACCAUCAAGUAUUGAUCGAGCACGAUUAGAAGAUAUAACUGAACAAGCUCAGUGUUCUUUUUCAAAAAUUUAUUGGCUAUUAAAUCGUGAUAUAGAAAAAAAUGCAAGUAUUACCAAUGAAAUGAUUCAAGAUGUAAUUACUCAAAUAAAAGCUGAUAUAAUGGAUGUAUUUAUCUCAAUACUUAAAUGUGGUCAUUAUGAAUCUCAACUUGCUGUUUAUCCUAAAAUAAAACCAGCUAUUUUACAAACAACAGGUGAAUUACUUCAGCCAUCAAAUACUUUAACAGUAAAUGGUUUUAUUGAACUGUCAUCAAUACGCAGUGCUAUGGCAACAUCAAAACACAUACUUUUACCAAUUCAACGUUAUAUUCGACCACAACCAACUAUGCCAAUGUUUGCAACAAAAAAAUCUGCAGUACAAUCAUCAUCAACAACAAUGACGACGACAGCAAAUUCUUUAACUUCUCAGAAAAAAUCAAAUGCAGCAAAUAAUUUCUAUUACCUGUUACUUAUAUCAUUAAAAAAAGAAAAAUCAGCAGCAUUAAUUUCUGUUAAUGAUCAAUGGUUUGGUGCGAUACACUGUCAAAAAUUUGAACGAAAAAAAAAAUCAAGUCGACUUAUUCUGUCUGUAUUUGAGCCAGGUGAUUGUAUUCCAUGGAUUUCUAGUUUUGAACGUCUUGGACCGUAUGCUUUGGUAUUUCCACCUACAAAUAACGGUGAAUUAGUAUAUAAAAAACAACAAUGGCCAGUAAAGCCAUUUGCUAGAAGUUAUACAGAAACUUUUCUUAUUUGGUGUCGACAAAAUAAUUUUCAAAAUGAUAUCAAUAAAUUUGUUCGUGCCUCAGCAAAAUUACCUGAUAAAGUCAAUAUAUUUCAUCGAGAAUUAAAUAAAAUCUGUCGUGGAGCAUUUAUAUAUGGACUUCGUGAUCGAUUAUUUCAUUUAUUACGACAAUUAUUUCAACAUCAAAUACAAAGUGGUAAAAUAAAACCAGAUGGUAUAAAAUACGUUCAAAAUGUUAUUAUGUAUAUGAAUCGUCUAAGUUCAUCAGAUCGCUACAUUAAAUAUGAAGAAACAUCAACUUAA